AUGCAUAGCACACGUUUUACCCGAACAUUCCGCUCCGGUAUCGACCUUGCGCCGCCGGUCACGCCGGCAGUUGCACCUAGCUGUUCCUUCGGCUGCAUCGCCAAGCCUGUGCCUUUUGUCAGCUCAUUACGUCUUUCGGCAAGCAAACGCUCAGAGGAUACUCACACAGAAUUUCAAACACCUGGCACCGGCGAGUCAGCGCAGGCCAGCAGCUCAGCACCAGCAUGGGGCGCAGCUCUUGCUUCCAAAGCUCGCAAAGCAAAUGCAGCAGCAGGGCUGCGAUCUCAACGCAGCCAGCAUCAAGGCAAGACACUAGAAACCGUGGAGGCAGUUGCCGUUACUCCCCAUGGUUCAGCGUUUGGCAGCAAAGGUUCCGCAGCAGGAAGUGACGGCCCUGUGGUUGUCGUACAGCCCCAAGAACCGUACCUGCGGCCGCAACCGCCGCCACCAUCCUCAUCCUCCUCAUCAUCAUCACCAUGGACAUCAAGGUCUUCAACCACCUCCGGCAGUCGCGCUGCGCCGGCUGGAGAAGGUUCCGCGGCACCACCACCUUUGACCUUUGUACGGCCGCCUGGACGUCCCAUGGGUCGUUCCACUGCGGCUGGCAGCGCCAUCCCUUCAUCAGCUCGGAAGACUCAAGCUGGUGCAAGGGGUGCCGGCCCCGGUAAUGGCAGUAGCACUAGCGGCAGCGGCAGUGGGAACUCUGUGUCGUACGAUCCAUUUACCAAGGCCCGCGUCCCUACACGGGCAGGUACAGCACCUCCUCCGGCCGUACCACCGCCAUGGCUAGCCACCGCCGCCGCUGCGAAACGCGCCAGCGCCGCCGCCGCCGCCGGCGGCGGCGGCGGCAUGUCGCCACCGCCGCGAUUCUCUGCGGCGCCGCCGCCGCGCUCGCGUUCCACGGCAAUGCCCGACGCUAAGUCGACGCCGCGAUCGGCCGCCAAUGCAGCGGCGGCGGCCGCCGCCGCCGCUGCCGUCGCGGCGGCGGCGAAGCCACAGGCAGUAGCACCCGGUAGCACCGGCGACGGCGACCCGCCUUUGUCUGUGUCGUUUUCGCAAGUUAUGGGGCGGCAGAAACGAUCCAAAGGUGAUGGCCAGACGGAUCAAGAUUUGGAUCCAGCAGAAUCCAACGUUGUGGAUUACACCUGGGAGCCGGAUCCGGAUCUCGAUGUGAUUGAGGCCGACGCGGCGGCGGCGGCGGAGGAGGAGCGGCGGAGACGGGAGCUGCAGCGAGACGUGGCCCGGGAGAGACGGGAGCUUCGUGAGGCAGCGGAGGCUGCCGUACAGCGGUCGUACGCACCAGGAGCGCCGCCGCCGCCCCCAUUUGUGGGGUCCGUCAAGGCGGAGCGCAUCCCAGGUCGCGGUUUCGGCCUGGUAGCGGAUGAGGAUGUGGCGGCGGGGCAGUUGCUGCUGGUUGCCGUACCGGCGGUUUGCUCCCGGGGCCCCGGCGGGGGGCUGCCCAAGAUGCGCCCGCUGCUUUCGGAGGCAUUGCGAUUGCUGCGUCUUGCCGACGGCAUCCCCUCAUCCUCUUCGUCGUCGUCGUCGUCUUCGAGCGCCGCCGCCGCCGCCGCCGAUGGCGCCGCUCUGGCGUCGCUCUUCUGGGGCGCUCCGCGGCCUUCCUCCUCUCGCCCCCCCGCUGACCUGGCGGCAUGGCGGGUACGACAAUCGGAGCUGCUCUCCACGCCAGCGGCGGCGGCGAAGGCGACGGCGACGGCGGCAGGCAAGAGCGGUAUGACGUGGACUCAACAGCGGGUGAUGUCGUUGCUACAACUGAAUUUGGUUGCGGAGGAGACGCAGGACGGCGCGGCGGCGGUUGCAAACUCGGAGCCACUGACCUCACGUAUGGGCGUAUGGCCCGAAGUGGCGCUCAUCAAUCACUCUUGUGGGCCCAAUGCGGUGGCUGUGAUGCUGUACGACAGAUUGGUGGUUCGUGCCACCCGCCGUAUCCCCCGGGGUCGCGAAGUGCUGCUCAACUGGCUGGGCUCCCAGGGCGCCCUGGCCCCCGCGCGGGAGCGUAGGGCCCAACUGUCACAAAUGUACGACUUUGCAUGUCGCUGCGCCCGCUGCCGUCUGGAAGGUUCGGAGGCGGUGUCGCUGCCCUUCCUGUACUCGGAUGCGGAGAGGGGCAGUGAGGAGGCGCUGGAGGCUAUGGAGCAUGUGGGUUUGUCAAUACCCCCCCCCCCCGCGUAG